ACUAUAACGUUGGCUAUCCUGUGUCUACAGUUUCGUCUGUCGCUGUAUUACGUAGCUGUCUCGUUUAUCCACCUCAUUCUUGUCAAUUGGCCCUGACAUUUCGACUGCAUACGAAAGGAUCUACGUAAAAAUUGUCUUGUCGUGCAGUAUCAACGUUAAUUCGCGAAAAUGAACAGGCUCUUCGGACGCGCUAAAGCCAAAGAACCUCCACCGAACAUCACGGACUGUAUCGCUGGGGUUGACAGUAGGGCGGAUUCCGCGGAGAAGAAGAUAGCCAGGCUAGAUGCGGAGCUGAAGAAAUAUAAAGACCAAAUGGUUAAAAUGAGAGAUGGUCCAGCUAAGAAUGCAGUAAAGGCCAAAGCUUUGCGUAUACUAAAACAGCGAAAGAUGUACGAGGGUCAGGUGGACAAUUUGCGGCAGCAGGCAUUUAAUAUGGAACAAGCAAACUAUGCUACUCAGACCUUAAAAGAUACUCAAGCAACUGUGGUUGCUAUGAAGGAAGGGGUCAAGCAAAUGCAAAAAGAAUUCAAAAAUAUUAAUAUUGAUCAAAUCGAAGAUCUACAAGAUGAUUUAGCGGAUAUGUUAGAACAAGCUGAUGAAGUACAAGAAGCGAUGGGUCGUAGUUAUGGAAUGCCAGAGAUUGAUGACGAUGAACUUGCAGCUGAAUUGGAAGCUCUUGGUGAUGAUCUUGCUUUGGAUGAAGAUUCCAGCUUCUUAGAUGAUGCUAUUAAAGCACCUAGUGCACCGGAUAAAGAACCUGGAGCGAAUUCUGCGAAGAACAAGGAUGGUGUUCCUGUCGACGAGUUUGGAUUGCCGCAAAUACCUGCCAGUUAAGUUUGAGCGUAUCAAAAUAUAUCUAAUUGGAUAAAAAAAAAUGUAAGCUUUAAGAUAUUCACAUGCAUGCCCAAAGACACUUGAUCCUCUGAGGAUCUAAGACAAAAGCUUUUCUGAUCAACACCCCGGACACAUCAUGAAUAAUGCUCUAACAAAGUUUUUGUUGAUGAAAACAGUCUUGCAACAGAUAUAUUUAGUUCAGUACUAAUAAGAUUUUGUUACACUGGUCUUUAAAGCUACUAUUUUUAUUAAAUUAGAGUUAUGUUGUACAUAUAUAUAUAAGAAAAUUAAUAAAUAUUGAUAAUAUUGACAA